AUGACUGACGCGAAGAAUUUAAUUUCUCGAAUUGAAGAAAUUUUUUCAAUUCCAUAUAAUACAUCAAAUUGGGAUUUUUCACAAUUUACGGAACCUAAUGAAUUUCAAUGGAAAGUUGGAAUUACGCCCUUUUCUAAUUGGCAGUUUGUUGUGGGUGCCUGGGCAACUUAUUUUGUGACUAUUAUCGGUCUGAAGGCCAUUAUGUCAUCAACUACACCAUUUUCAAUGCGAUAUGGUACAGCAGCGCAUAAUCUAAUAUUAUGUCUUUUAUCAGCUAUUAUGUUUGGAUAUGCUGUAAUUGAUUUUUUUCAUCGAUACCAGGAACGUGGAAUUGGAGAAUGCUUUUGUACUUCUGAUUCUUCUUCAAAUAAAGGAAGGUUAUUUUAUGUUACUUAUGCUUAUUAUUUAUCAAAAUUCGAUGAAUUGUUUGAUACCGUGAUCUUAGUUUUAAAGAAGAAACCUAUUAUUUUUCUUCAUUGGUAUCAUCAUGCUAUCGUCAUCCUUAUGGUUUGGUCGUGGCUUGAAGAUGCUAAUAUGUAUGCGAGACAUGUACAAACUUCUCAAGUUUUAGUUACUGUUGGAAGAAUUAUACAGAGUAAAUAUUUACGACAAAUAAAAGAUGCCGCAUUACGUCCUCAUAAACUUCGUAAAGAUCAUUGGACUCCAUUUGUUGCAAUAUCAGGAUUUUCUUCUUAUGGUUCAGUAAUGACCACCAGUAAUAUAAUUUUGCGUAAACUUCAAAAUCGACCGAAAUCUUCAGAAUAUUAUAAAAUGGAGAAACGUUUACGCAUUCAUGAGGACAUGAAUUUAGUUGAAUCAAGUGUAUUAGCCUUAUGUCAAUCUUUACGACAACUUGAAGCGCGUGAAAUGGAAUCAAAACAAAAUAGUUUAUUGAAAAUUUAUUGGGAAAGAAUGGCAAUGGUGGACUUACCAAAGGAACAAAAGGGGAUGGAAUGGCCCAUCUUUGUUCAACAUGAAAAAUUAGAAUUAAAGAGAGGUAGAUUAUUUUUGAAUGAAGAAUUUAAAUGGAAACAAAAACCUUUGGCCGCUUAA